AUGACCCUCUCGAUCAUUGCACUGCGUUUUGCUAAUGUUGCUUUUAAACACCUUUUCCACAGGCACAACGUACGUUGCGUUCGCAUCACAUUCAAAGAAGACAUUGGGACGAAAGGUCGUGGCGGGUACUUCAAUAGCUACGGCAUCAUUCGGGACGUUAUGCAGAACCACAUGCUGCAGUUGUUGACGCUGAUAGCCAUGGAGCCUCCUGCUUCUCUGAGCGAUGAGGAUGUCAGAGAUGAGAAAGUGAAGGUUUUGAAACAGAUGCCUGCUAUCAAGCUAGAGGAAACAAUCUUGGGGCAGUAUACUGCUUCUCCCGACGGCACGCAACCAGGCUACCUAGAUGAUCCCGGAGUCCCCCCCGAUUCUCGGACGCCUACAUUUUGCACGUGCGCACUGUGGAUUGAGAAUGAACGAUGGCGAGACGCUGGCAAGGCUCUGGAGAAGCGCUGCACGGAAAUUCGCAUUCAGCUGCGUCCCAUUGCUCAGUCUUUUUACCCCGAGGAGGAACUCGCGGAAAACGAACUCGUCAUAAUCGUACAACCUCGUGAGGCUAUUUAUCUGAAGUUCUAUACGAAGAAGCCGGGGCUUGCAUCGGGGCUUCAGCUUACGGAAUUAGACCUAUCAGUGAUGGACAGACUGCAGGUUGACCGCCUUCCUGAUGCCUACGAGCGCCUAUUGUUAGAUGUAAUUAAGGGCGAUAGACAGAAUUUCGUUAGAACAGACGAGCUGCGUGAGGCUUGGCGCAUAUUCACGCCACUCCUCAAGCAGAUCGACAGCCCGGGGGUCAAACCGGAGCCUUAUCCGUACGGGUCGCAUGGACCAGAGUCGGCGUAUGCAUUCAUUCAGAAAUACUACAGCUAUCAUGAAGAGGCGCGUUACCAAUGGCAAGCAAAGCAUUAG